CAGUAACAGCUUGGCAUUUGCUGACGACGCUGACAAACGACGAAACGAAUCUCUCGACGUCUCUUGUGAGAGUGUGUGUGUGUGUGUGCGAGAGUGCGAGUGUGAGCAGUGCGUCAUCACCCCGCCAACCCACCUAAACGAACCAUUGCCAAAUCCACCACCAGGCAAAAGCAACGCAACCAUUGUGCAAUCAACGUUACAACGUCAAAUCCACAAAAGAAAGUCAACGUAACAACACAACAACAAGAACGAAAUGUCUCUGUCGACGUCACUGCUGCUGGCUGCGCUGCUGCUGUGCUGCUGCAUAAGCUUGGCAACUGCAAUUGAUUGCUAUGUGUGCGAUGCCAGCGACACGAAGAAUCCUUUCCAGUGCGGCGAAUAUUUUGAUCGCUUCGAUCAGCCCGACAUCCAGCCGCAGAAUUGUUCCAAUGUGCAUGGCGCAACGUUUUGUGUGAAGCAUGUGGGACGCUUUGAGGGCGGCAUUGGGGCGAAACGUUUCUGCAGCUCCAAAGAUUUGGGCAACUAUUGUGAUUAUGUGCGCAACAAGGGCGAUCGCAUGGAUUAUCGCAGCUGCAUCUACACUUGUGACACCGAUGGCUGCAAUGCGGCAACCACCACAACAACAACAACAACAGCUGCUGGACUCUGGGGUGUGGCGUUUACACUAAUCGCAGCGAUCUGGCAACGCUACUGCUGAGCGAGAGAGCCAGAGAUUGAGAGAGCGGCCAGCUAACAAACAUAGCUUUUUGUAAACAAAAUACACACACACGCACACACGUUUUAUUUUAUACAACAA